AUGGAGAUUGUUUCGAAAUGUAUCAGCCAGUCGAUAUGCCAGAUUCAAUGUAUCGCUCAAACAGUUAUAUGCUUCUGCAAGCAUAACACUCUGCAACGCAUAGUCGACGAGCUGUGGACUUGCGUCAGAGAGGCACAACCAUACGAGAAGGAGAUCUUUCGCAUGUAUAUUGCUAGAUGCGGCCGCUUCUACGGAACAUAUAUUGCGUGUGCAUACACAAUCACGAUUGUUUACGUGUGCGGACCCCUGUUUUUGCCAAUUGUUCAUGUAAUUUACGCGGAAUAUCCGUUUGACGUUAAUCGCCCGUCCAUGACUGCUGUGGUACGUGCGCAUCAAAUUAUCGUCUCCCAUCAAUGCUGCGCUCACGUAUGCAUAUGCGUGUUCGGAGCAUUUCUAAUUUGGUUUACGGCAGCGAGAUUCGAAUGUUUAGGCGUAGAAGUACAGAGAUGCACGGAUAUUCGUAUGCUGGCUGUUUGCAUUGAGAAACAAUUACGUUUAAGAAGAUACGCGCGAGAUGUGAUCAGUUGUUUUCGUUUCAUGAUAUUUUUUGUUAUAAUGACGUGCUCGUUAGUCAUGACGCUAUGUGCCAUCUUAAUGAUCAUGAAAAUUCCAUUACUGGUGAAAUUACCGUUUGCAUCCGGCGUUCUCGUCUUUCUCAUGUAUCUCUACAUGUACACUUGGCCAGCUGAUCAUAUGAAAGACAUGAGUCUAAGCAUUUCACAUGGCGUAUAUGAGUUAAAGUGGUACGAUGAAACGGUAAGAAUGCAAAAGGAUCUGCUGAAGGUCUUGGUAUUUGAAAGCCCCGAAAAGCUUUCUGUCAAUUUUCUAGUACCGGAGCUGUCUUUACUUUAUUACUGUACGGUAAGCCGAAUCAACAAUCAAAUUUCAAUUGAAUGA